ACAGCAGUACUCUACGACAACGAAAACUCUCGGCCUCAUGUGGCAUAGCAACCACGGCGAGCGAGAGCAACUGCACCCGACGAGAGAUCACAAUUUCCUCGCCUAUCAAAUAAGAUCAUACUCGCAGUUAUGUGUGCGUCGCGGUGGUGAUAUAUAGCCGGACGCUAAAGAUGCCUUCGUCAGGAGAGACGACGACCUUAGCCAGCGGUCACGUCGCCGUUCCCCUCGAGGAAGAAGACGAGAAGCGAAUAUUCAGAAAUUUCCCCACGUUUACCGACGGCGCCUCGAGGUUGAACCCGGGACGCUGGCUUCUCCUGAAGGGGUUCAAGGACGUGGCCGACCGGAUCUAUAAUUUCAAGUUACGCGAGUCGGAUGUAGUGAUCGUCACCUUCCCGAAGAGCGGCACGACUUGGUCCCAGGAGGUGGUUUGGUCGAUGCUACACGACCCGGAUUUAAAGGGCGCUCCUCGCAGUCCGCUCAUGGACCGACCUCCUUAUCUCGAGAUGGAAGUGGACCAAUGGCCGACGGAGGUGAAGUUCUUCGUGCCGCCGCUGUUCCAAGCCAUGUGUCCUGGAGGAGAUGCUUCGAGGGGGACCGUUGUGCAGAUGCUCGAGGUGGAGAAGGAACCGAGGGUGAUCAAGACGCAUCUCCCUCUCUCGCUGCUCCCUCGAGAUACCCUGGACAAGGCGAAGGUGGUGUACGUGGCUCGAAACCCGAAGGACUUGGUGACGUCAUUCUACGAGUUCAGCAGGACAAUAAAACGACUUCAGUUCCAAGGGAGUCUGGCAGAGUUUGCCGACCACUUUAUGCGAGAUGAGUUACGAUACUGCCCUUACUGGGAACACCUCCGGGAGGCGUGGCAGAAGAGGAACCAUCCGAACCUCCACUUCAUCUUCUUCGAGGAUCUGAAGAAGGAUUCCGUGAGAGAAUACAGGAAACUUGCUGGGUUUUUGGGAUCCAAGCUGAGUGAGGAGCAGCUUGCUCGUGUGAUGGAACACACCAGCUUCUCGAGCAUGAAGGGGCGCGACGAGGCCCUGGGGAAGAGCGACCAGAUGAACUCGGAAGGAAGUUUCUUCAGAUCCGGUCAGACCGGGAGUUGGAAGCAGAAACUCAGCCAUGAUUUGGAAAGUAAAAUUGAUGCUUGGACUAAAGAAAAUGUUGCAGAUUUUGGGAGCGACUUUAAAUAUUUCAUAUCAUAAUAAUAAACGGUACUGGUAGAAAUAGAUCAUAUAAUGAUAAUACUCAUUAUGAUAUGAAGUAAUGUGUUAUAGUUGUCUAAUGAAAAAUAAAUUAUAUCUAUCCGUAUA